GACUGAUAUCGUCCAAGAGGACGGAUCAGUCCAACCUUGGUCAUUCUUGGCUUACAUGAACGAUACUGUAGUGGCUAUUGUAGAAACAGUUACUAUUAGCGAGCCUAGAGUGACACGAUUCACAACAUGAAGUCGCCGUACCCGACACCGGAAAGUAGCCAGACAAUGAUGUGGACCCCGUCGCCCAAAGCAAGUGUGACGGAUUGGCCUUGUCCCGACACGGACCCACUCACCAGCGACGAAGCUUCCUUCGUGCCGAAUCCGUCACCGUUCGACCCAUUCACGACAGACACCGCAACGACAACGCCCGUCAGUAGCGUCAAGCGCUUGACGGAACGCUUCGAAGCCAUUCUACCGAAACCAGCCACACCGCACACGACCCGCACCCCCUCGCGUUCUAGUGCACCUCCGGCUCCCGUCAAACUCCCCCGACACGCAUACGUUCCCGCACCGGCACCCACCGUCCCCGUCGAAAGCGCACCACAAGACGAGCCGCUGUCCUGGACGCCCGCUCCGUUCCUGGGCGAACCUUCGUUAUACCAUCCCGUGGCGCAGACUCCCGUCACGCCACACAUUCCGGCGUCGCGGGGUGUCCCACCGCCGCCACCACCGCCACCUCCACCCCCGGCUUGGUUCCAACCCAUCCAAGCACCAUCGUCGGUCAGUUCCGUAGCGGUACCAGACGAACCGCCGCAGUUCCGGCAACUCGAAAUGAUUUCCGCACCCGAGGAAGCGCAGUACUACCAGCACGCCACGACGACGGAAUCCGUCGUUGACAGUGUUGCCGAAGAUUCGCAGACGGGUGAUGCGGACAGUCCGAACGAUGACUUUGCACCGGCGGAAUCGACCUUCUUUACCGAAACCUUCGGUUCCGUGUUCGACCGUAUCCCAGAUUCGUCGACGACCUCCGGUGUUUCACAAAUGAUGAAUUCUUUAUGGAAAAAAGAUCGCGUGGGCCUGGCCAACGAAAGCUUUCAGACCGAACUGCAACAGACCCACGGCGACGAGACGGAUCGAAAAGCACGUGUGUCGCCCUCCUCCAAGUCGGUCGGCUUUUCCGAAGCGUCUCCCGAGAUACAUUACGUUGCAUCCAGCGGUACGUCCCUGCGGAGUCUGGAUUCCAAAAAUCGACAAUCGCGACGAAACGUGACCAAAAAGGGUUCCGUGUGGGCGCAAGGGAGUGUAUUCGUUCAGGAAAUGUACGAACAAGUGUUGAAGACCACUACGGCGACCGGUGAGAUAGACGACUCGAUGCCACCGUCUGUGGAGAAGCUGUUGUCGUUCUUUAGUUGUGACCGAGGCACCGUCAAUCACGACAGCAGUAGCAAAUCCACGACCCCCACGGUCCCCCACAGUAUUUCUAAAGAAGACUCCAACACUGAAGCAUCCUUCACGGAUUUAAUUAAAGAGAAACCCACGCCUGCUGCAAAGACUGCUCCCAUUGACUGGCCGCAAGAUUUUGGCUUUGCCUCGGGUUUGUCCGAAGUUAUGCGAAAGAACUCACACGAGGAUACUCCCUAUGACGAGUCGGUGACACCCCGCAAGAACAACACCGCUGAGUUGCUAGAUUUGGAUUGGGCGGUGCCGCCGCCGGCGAACCGCGAUUUUGAACAUCACGACCACUUUUCCGCACGCUCGGAUCCGUUCGUUCCACGGGCGAUCGCGGCGCGCCGCACAUCGUCGGCCCCGGUCAAGACGAAGGAUCCGUUCUGGAAGAACCUGGAGGAUCCCUGUGACUCGCCCACGGAUGUCGUCUCGGGAGAAAUUAACCGAAAAGAUCGCAACGUCGUCCGCGCAAAUCUCGCUACAAAAUUCUCGCCGCCCCCUCCGCUCCCACGCAAUGAAACCCUUUCCGCUUUCGGAAUUGUUGAAAGCUUCUCUGUUCGGAAUAGUUCGGAAGAGACUUACCCGGAUCCAUCCUUUGCCUUGGAUGAUUUCGCCGACGAGGAAGAUUGCUUGUUUGUGAUCCCCCCUCAACUAACCAACAGCCGGAGCUUGCCGCACGUCCGCCGGAAUCACGUGCAUCUUUUGGAACAGGAAGACGACCCGUUUACACGACACAGCAAUCUGCAUCUUUUGGAACAGGAAGAUGCUGAUUACGAAACGCUAUCCUCGGGACCGUCUUUCAGCCCGGCCUUUGUCGACGCCCAAUUCUCAUUCUGAUCGUGACCGGCAUGGCGGCUCCUCAUUUCAGCUUCUUCCAGUUUCUUCCUUGCGUUGGAGAUUGCAGUUUCAGCGAAUAUGUGUAUUCAAAAUACUUUUCGCACACGCCUCUAAUAUUAGCACUGUGCUUUGUUUGUCUUCC